AUGUAUCCGUUAUGCAUUACAACAAGCGAUAAAUCAAAUAAAGAUCUAGAAUUUGAUUCUGAAACUGGUGCGAUAAUGCGCAUCGAAGGAACAGGAUUAGAUACAGCUACACUUGCUGUUGUUGAGUCGAAUAAUCAAUACUAUUUGUAUGUACCAGAAAUUAAAACAACAAAAUUCAUCACUGAUUGUCAAAAUACUGAAGUUAAAAAGAAGCAGUUGUAUAAGGAUAAGAAAACUCUGAAAGCUGUAAUGGAAAAGUAUGCGUUAGAUCAAAGUUUUAAUAUCCGAGCAUUAAGAUCUGAUAAAAAAAGUUGGUACAUGAAAGCAUCUUCCCUUUUGGAUUAUGAUCUUUUUCAAGUUUGGAAAUUCAAUGAUGAAAAUACGUGUUCAAUGAGUGAUAGGGUGUUAAAACAGCUACAGGCUACAAUUAACUUUGUUAGUAAUUUUACAAAGUCAAAGUUAGUAAACUACAAGAGGAAGCACACUCCAGCAGAUAUUAUUGAAGAAAUGAAAGUUGUGUAUCGUUUUGACAUCAAUUACAUGAAAGCUUGGCGUGCGAAGGAGCGUGCUAUAGAAAUUCUUAGGGGUGGAGCUGCUGACGGAUAUAGACAAAUGCCAAGAUACAUCUACAUACUAAACUUUGUGUAUCCCGGAUCACACAUCAGGAUGCAUAAGGCUGUAGAUAAUAAAUUCAAAUAUUUGUUUAUAGCUUUACAACCAAUGAUCCAUAGUUUCAAGCAUUGUGGGCCAGUUUUUGUGGUAGACGGUGCUCAUUUGAGUGGACUGUACCAAGAGACUUUUCUUUGUGCUAGCACUCUUGAUGGUGCAGGUUGCAUAUUACCAAUUGCUUAUGGUGUUGUUGACUCGAAAAAUGAUUCCGCUUGGACAUGA